UUCGGCGAUGUUAUUGUUCCGGAGGGCUGAGGGGACGAUGCGCGCGGAGGCCGCGCUUCAGGCGCUCAACCGACUUCUGAAGGAGCGGCGCUACCGGGAGGCCCUGUCCGUACUGAAGGGAUUCCGCAAUGGAGCCGUGUACGGAGCCAAAAUUCGAGCCCCUCACGCUCUGGUGAUGACGUUGCUCUUCAAAAGUGGAAGUCUGUUAGAUAAGCUGAAAGCCAUCGUCAUGGCUACCUACACCCAUUCCCGGAACCUGGCCUGCUUUGUCUUCACCUACAAGGGGCUGCUGGCAGCACAGCGCUGGCUAAGGGGUGACAGGGCUCAGUUCCACUCCUUCCUGGCGGCCUGCGUGGGUGGCUGGCUGGUGUUCGGAGACAACAAUCACAUCAACAGCCAGAUAAACAUGUACCUGUUGUCCCGAGUGCUGUUCGGGCUGUCGCGGCUGGCUGUGGAGAAGGGUGUGGUGAACGUGCCCAAGCGGGACCCCUUCCCCUUGUUCUCGGCGCUGGUGUGGGGAGCUGUGCUGUGGCUGUUUGAGUAUCACCCCCACACACUGCAGCCCUCGCUACAGUCCUCCAUGACCUACCUCUACGACGACAGCGACGUGUGGCACGACGUCUCGGACUUUCUGAUCCACAACAAGAGAAGUUUAAGUCAAUAAGUCCAUGUUUUUCCUUUUUUAGGAAACAUUCAAAAAAAC